AUGAAUCAAGAAGGCGUACUUGCGAGUUGCGCCGUUUGCAAUCAGCAAACCCAAAGGAGAUGUGGUCGUUGUUUUAGUGUUUAUUAUUGUAACACAGAACAUCAAAGACAGGAUUGGAAAAGGCAUAAAAUCAAUUGUGCACCUAAGUUACAGGAACAGGGUUCACGAAUUGAGAAAAAUAUUAAAUCAUCUGUCCAAGAAGAAGAGAAAAAGAAAGAAACCAAAACAGAACAAUUAAUAACCUCAUCCGUAGUGAAUAAUAAUAAAGAAGUGGGUAGUGAAACUAGACGUUUGAAAAAAUCAAAAAAGAAAACUGCCAAGAAAGAGGGUAGUGACACUAUUAGUGAUAACAAAAAUAUAUCUCAGAUUAUAGAAAAUAAUAAUGAAAGCACAUCAAGUGUUAAAGUCGAUUUAAAGGACAAAAGUGUGUUUUCGAGCGUAGUUUACUCUAAUAAAGACGUAAAUAAGAUAAGUGCCAUAACGUACGAAGGUUCGUCGGAACAGGAGAUAUUAAAUGAGAAGGCGCAGCAGCUGAGCAGCGUUGAUUUCGCGAGUGCGAGCACUUCGAAUGUUUUAAAAACGAUCAACAGAACUGAUGUGAAAAUGCCACCUGUACCUAUCGAGCAAGCGACUAGAAUGAAGGAGUAUCCCGAGGCCACAUUAAAGGGUAGCGGGGCUCCGUUUAGUAACACAAUGAACAGUUACUUCAUGGAUCCAAGUGAUCCGUCCUAUGAGAUCUGCCAGAGAGUGAUUAGAGACAUGACCCAGUAUGGUGUGUGUGUUAUAAACAAUUUCCUCGGUAAAGAACGGGGACAUCUUGUGUUGAAUGAAGUGCUAGAAAUGUAUAGAUCUGGGAUAUUUACGGCAGGUCAAUUGGUUUCUAGUCCGGGAAGCACAGAAGCUCAGACAAUCAGAUCGGACAGAAUAACAUGGAUCGACGGCAAGGAGCCGCAGUGCCAUCACAUAGGACAAUUAAUAUCACAAGUGGACAGUAUUAUACUGAAAGCUAACAAAAUGUCCAACAACGGGAAGAUGGGGAAUUACAUCAUCAAUGGCAGGACGAAGGCGAUGGUGGCAUGUUAUCCUGGCUCCGGGAGUCACUACGUCAAGCACGUGGACAAUCCGAAUAAAGAUGGCCGCUGCAUCACAGCCAUCUACUACUUGAAUCUCGACUGGGAUGUCAAGAGAUGUGGAGGUCUGCUCAGGGUAUUCCCCGAAGGAACCAAUCAGGUGGCCGACAUCGCUCCAAUCUUCGACCGGAUGCUGUUCUUCUGGUCAGAUCGAAGAAAUCCUCACGAAGUGCAGCCCGCUUACUCAACGAGAUACGCGAUCACAUUGUGGUAUUUCGACUCUCAAGAACGUGAGGAGGCCCUUAGGAAUUUCAAACGCGGGCAGCCGUCAUCAAGCAAGUGA